AUGGCUGGGGAGAGAGGGAAGAACCGAGGAGUGAGAGCAUAUCUACGAACCGACCGGGCACAGCAGCAAUGGACGGUAUCCUCCCAAGGCUCUCCCUCUGCAUGCAGCCUUGGCCGCGGGCUCACCAUGCAGUGUAAGCAUCCCUUGCGAGGACCCACCGAGACUGACGCCACUCUGAACAAGAAUAAAAAAGUUGUGAACUGCUUAUACCGAAAGCCUAAUGCAAUUUUUAGGCUGAUUUGCUUUCCCUGGUCAGGAAGUGGCUUCGUUUACUUUACCAAAUGGGGAGGAAAGAUGCCUGAUUCAGUGGAAGCGCACUCCAUCAGGCUUGCUGGAAGAGAAAGUUGAUUUGAUGAGCCUUUUGUCACUGACAUCUACCAGAUAGUUGAUGAAACUGUUUCUGCUCUGCUGCCAGUCAUCCAGGAUAAACCAUUUGCAUUUUUUGGCCACAAUUUGGGAUCCUAUAUUGCUUUUGAGCCUGCACUACACCUAAAAGGAAAACCUAAGUUAGAACCGAUGCAUUUAUUUUUGUCAAGUGACACGUCUUGUCAUCAUGAAGACAAAGAAUUGUCAGAAGAACAAUUCCGCUCUCUCAUUUUGAAGUUUGGAGGCACCCGCAUGGAUCUUCUUAAUGACAAGGAAUUUAGUGAACAAUAUAUUUCCAUUUUGAAGCCAGAUGGGCACUUUUAUUUAAAUUACGUGGGAGUCAAAGUGUCUAAUGCCCCUCUUCCAGCUGCUCGAGGCUUUUGCUUAGUAGGAAAUAAGGGCCUGGGCAGGAGCCAGGGUUUAGAGCCAAUUUUAUGGCCACAGCCAAUUUCCUACUGCCCACCUGCCCCUCCGAAGGGGCUCUUUCUGGCCUCCUGCAUUGUUCUCAGUCUUUCUUGUGAACCCCAGGAGGAGGCCCUUGUUUUAAUGCAUCAUCUAAGGCUGUCCUGUGGCUUUACAUGCUUUCUUGGAUCUGAAGAUACAGUAAAGGAUGUGGAAGCCUGGAAAGAUUUAACCAGUGGAAGUUUUGAGAUUCACGUGCAUCCAGGAAAUCACUUCCAUCUCAAGGAAUCUUCCAAUGAAAACCUCAUCAAGAACCACAUAACCACGUGUCUGAAACUAUAG